AUGCCUGUGUUCAACAACGUCAGAAUCUUAGGUGUUGUUGGUGAAGAAGAUCGAGGAUGGCAAGCAAUGCCAGCUCUUCUAAGGAACUGUCCGCGUUUAGAAACUAUCACCGUUCAGGGUCUAAUACACGAUGUAACUGAUAAAUGUGGGGAUGUUUGUCCCUGCAUUUCUCGGGAAGACAGAGGAGCCUCACUCAAGUCUUGUCCAGUGAAUAGGAUAGAGAUUCAUAAUUUUCAAGGAACAAUGAAAGAGAUGGCCAUGAUAAAGCAUUUCUUGGACUUUUUUCCGUGUUUGAAGAGGUUUGACGUCUUCGUUGAAGAUGAUGAACCUACACAGCUUAGAAACACUGAAUUGUUUAACUGUGUCGUGGAGAUGUUCAAAUCCUACAAAAAGUUGUCGCCGAGCUGCAAUCUCCGGCUCCUGUGGACUAUACUUGGUGUAGCUACCAAUCAUUUUGUAACAAUCGACACGACCCAAACUUCUGACUUCAAAAUGAACAUGCGGGUAAGACGUUUUGAACUGUUCCCAUUGGAUCUAUUUGCCACCAUCCUCUUGGCCACCGCGGUUUCUGAUCAGCUAAUCGCCUCUGCGCGUGACUCCAAGCCGGCCAGUGAUCUCCGUGGUGCUGUUGCCGUGAGAAGGAGCCGACAAGAAGCUAUCCCAUCACGUAGUCUUCUUGAUCACACAGCCACUGUCCGCCGCCGCCACCGAUCUACUGCUCAGAGUCAUCAUCAUCAUUGA